CUCUCUCGCUCCAUGGCUGAUGGUUAGCUUCUCCUGUAUCUUAUCGGCACUUACAACCACCAUUGGAGAAGAUGCUAUGGAUUGUGUCAUUCUCCUCUCGUCAUUUGGCAUGGAAUCCAUCCGACUCAAUGAACGUAUUUUCUUGUUCACUUCCUUCUCGCACGGCCGACGCCCGGCGUCGGAUAGACUCUCCCCGGAGUCCCAAUCUCAAGCGGCUGACCUCUCGUGUCGUCAGACUCACCCGUCGGAAGCAGCUUCACCAGAUAUUUGAGGAAAUCGAAAUUGCCAAGAGACGUUAUGGAAAGCUGAAUACAAUUGUUAUGAAUGCGGUCCUGGAAGCUUGUGUUCACUGCGGUGAUAUUGAUUUAGCUCUGAGGACUUUUAAUGAAAUGUCAAAGCCAGACAAUUGUGGUUUAGACAACGUCAGUUAUGGCACGCUAUUAAAGGGUUUGGGUGAAGCUCGCAAGAUUGAUGAAGCAUUUCAAUUACUUGAAUCUGUGGAAGAAGGUACUGCGAUUGGAAGUCCAACAUUGUCCGCACCACUUAUUUAUGGUGUUCUAAAUGCUUUAACCGAAGCAGGAGACAUGCGCCGUGCCAAUGGUCUAAUAGCACGAUAUGGAUUCUUACUUCAUGAAGGAGGCAAUCUCUCUAUAUCAGUUUACAACUUAUUGAUGAAGGGGUACAUAAGCUCUGGUGUUCCUCAAGCUGCUUUAGCUCUGUACAAUGAGAUGCUAAAUCUGGAGUUGAAACCUGAUAAGCUUACAUAUAAUACAUUAAUCUCUGCUUGUGUGAAGAUCAACAAACUGGACGCAGCAAUGUAUUUCUUUGAGGAAAUGAAGGAACGAGCUGGUAAGUAUAAUCAGGAAGAUAUUUUUCCUGAUGUUGUGACGUACACUACUUUACUUAAGGGUUUUGGGAUUCUGAAAGAUGUCCGUCUUGUUCACAAAAUUGUGCUGGAAAUGAAGACUUGUCAUGAUUUGUUGAUUGAUCGAACAGCAUACACUGCAAUGAUUGAUGCUUUGGUUAACUGUGGCUCUAUAAACGGUGCUCUUUCUUUAUUUGGGGAAUUAUUGAAGCUUUCUGGAUGGUAUUUGGACUUGCGGCCAAAACCACAUCUCUAUCUCACUUUUAUGAGAUUUUUCUCUAGUAGAGGAGAUUAUACGAUGGUCAAAUGUUUGCAUAGACGCAUGUGGUUGGACUCCUCUGGAAGUAUUUCUCCUGGAUUUCAAGAAGAGGCAGAUCAUCUUCUCAUGGAGGCAGCUUUACAUGACAAUCAGAUUGAUGUGGCAACAGAGAAAUUAUCAACAAUUAUUAAGAGAUGGAAGGGAAUAUCGUGGUCUAGCAGAGGAGGCAGUGUUGCUCUGCGUAUUGAAGCAUUGCUUGGACUCACCAAAUCUUUCUUUAGUCCUUGCAUAUUUCCUCGGGUAAAUCCAGGUGCUCCUAUUGAGAGUGUCAUGAUGCCAUUUAAAGCCGUUCAGCCAUUAAAUGGAAACUUACAGUUGAAGGAAGUGGUCAUGCGUUUCUUUGACAAAUCAGUUGUGCCUAUCAUAGACGAUUGGGGUAGAUGCAUUGGACUAUUGCACCGAGAAGACUGCUCUGAGUUGGAGGCUCCCCUUUGGAAAAUGAUGAGAAGCCCUCCUCCCGGUGUUACGACUACAACAUCGAUCGGACAUGUUGUGAAUCUAAUUCUACGAAAGAGGUUUAGGUCCACUUGCAGGCCACAUUAUUUACAACCAAUAAAUAAUGUUGGUUGCCCCACCAACUGAAACCUUCAAACUUAAUGAGCCAUACAACCCAAUCGAAAGGGGAAAAAAAAAAAAAAAAUCCAAUUUCCUGCAAAUUCAAAGAAAUAGCUUCAUCAAGACAGUAUUAUAAAUAGGGGCAAAAACCAUAAACCCCCAAAAGUCAACAAAAAAAUUGUUUAAAUUCAUAAGUUAUUGAUGAGAUAAAGUACCAAAUUUGGAAGUAAGUUAAAGCUCAAUGGAAAGAGCUAAGCUUGGCGUUGAAGGGCAUAUAAUAUUGGACAUCACUUUCCUCAAAGAUAGUGGCAAAAAAAUUAUUGUGUUUUGAGAAAUUUAUUGUGAACACCUUUCCUCUCCUAACCCUUUCCCUCUCCAUUAGGUAAUAUAAAUCAUGCUCAAGUG